AUGCCCUCACCAUGUGGAUGCGGAAGGAAGAAGCGUUCCGUUCUUCUGGUGAAGUCAUCCACCGCUGACCAGACCUGCAACAGCCCCGCUGCUCAAGCCAUCCUCGCCAAGCACCUCGACACCCUCGAGGAUUACACCAAAGUUGCUGACAUCACCGCCCCACUCCACAGCGAGCUGGCCGCCCGGACAAACGGCCGCUGGCUGGUCCUCUGCGGUCCCAACACUGACGUUCCGGCCGCGUGGAGGGGUGACGCCACGCAGUUCUGCUCGGUGACGCACAAGCGGACGACGUGCCACGCCUUCCAGAUCGAA